AUUGAGAUCCUGAACGUCAACAAUUUAACUCUGAAAAGCUACUUAAAGCAUGUGGCGAGGGGAAAAUUUAAUGGUAGGAUUUAUACAUGCAAUGCAGGUUGAUACUUUAUAUUGACUUAAAGAUCUGCAUGUUUUCUGUCUGGAAUGAGUGACCACCAGAAGCAAGAUGCGGCGAACGACCAGGGUGCACCUCCCCAAUAUCAACCACAGGGGGAACCAGCCGGGUUAUAUCAGGGCUACGGAGCACAACCGGCCAAUGUUGUGGUAACCCAGCCGUCGCCAGCCAAAGGCAUCAUUGUACGUAGUCGUCCACCUGACUAUCUCAUACCCUCUAUCUUGUCAUGCCUUUGUUUCUGGCCCACGGGAGUCGCAGCUAUCUUCUUCAGCUUACAAGCAUCCAAAUACGUCACCGCGGGAAAUUUUAUCGAGGCUGAGCAAGCAUCAAGGAGCGCCAAGAUAUUUAUGAUCGUGAGUUUUGUGGUCGGAGGAAUUGGAGUAGGGCUCGUCAUUAUUGUCAAGGUGGCAACCGCCGCUGCUUUGUCUGGAAGCCACCAUUGAACAAUAUAUUACAUUGCAGGUCUUGUAAUAGCACACCUACUUUUGUAUCAAAUAUUACGAUUGAUGUAUAUGAAUUGAUAAAAAAAUGAUAAUAAACUAUUUGAAUAUGUUAAA